AUGGUCAAGGUGGCGGGAGGUGGAUUCUUGUCUACUUUGGGCCGUGCUAGAGGAGUCGAGAUCGAGAUUGCGGGGCAGUCAAUGCCAGCAGACUUAGUCAUCAGUCCGGUGGAGCUGUAUGACGUUAUUCUCGGGAUGGACUGGUUGUCACACUACAGAGUUCAUCUGGAUUGCUACAGAGGUAGAGUGGUCUUCGAGCGAGAUGCAGGGAGGUUGGUUUAUCAGGGAGUGAGACCGACUUCCGGGAGUAUUGUGAUAUCUGCUAUUCAGGCCGAGCAGUUGUUAGUGCGGGGCUGUGAGGCGUAUCUGGCGACGAUUUCUAUGUCUGAGUCAGGAGCUGGAGUUGUUAUGGGAGAUAUUGAGGUUGUCCAGGAUUUUGAGGAUGUCUUUCAGUCACUGAAGGGAUUACCACCAUCUCGGUCUGAUCCUUUCACGAUUGAGUUAGAGCCGGGGACAGCACCAAUAUCGAAGACGCCUUACAGGAUGGCGCCAGCUGAGUUGGCAGAGCUGAAGAAGCAGAUAGAGGACCUUUUGUCUAAGGGGUUCAUUCGACCAAGUGUUUCACCGUGGGGAGCACCGGUGUUGUUUGUGAAGAAGAAGGAUGGCAGUUUCAGACUUUGUAUUGAUUACAGAGGUCUUAACCGAGUCACUGUGAAGAACAGGUACCCACUCCCGAGGAUUGAUGAGUUUGGAUCAGUUGAGGGGUGCUACUUGGAGGAGCAUGCGACUCACUUGAGGUUGGUUCUGGAGAAGCUUCGGGAGCAGAAGCUUUUCGCUAAGUUGAGCAAGUGCAGUUUCUGGCAGCGAGAGAUGGGAUUUCUUGGCCACAUUGUUUCUGCAGAGGGAGUUUCUGUGGAUCCGGCUAAGAUUGAGGCUAUCAGAGAUUGGCCUAGACCUAGUAGUGCCACCGAGAUCAGGAGUUUUCUGGGUUUGGCAGGAUACUACAGGAGGUUCGUCAAGGGGUUUGCUACCAUGGCGAUGCAGCCGAUGACAAGGAGAGAGGGCAGAGUGAUAGCAUAUGCUUCGAGACAGUGGCAGGGCAGUGAGCGUAACCGUCCUACACAUGACUUAGAGUUGGGAGCAGUGAUCUUCGCGUUGAAGAUUUGGAGGUCUUACUUGCUAGUGGCGGACGCGUUGAGUAGACGGAGGUAUGAUUCCGCAGUUGAGCGAGAUGUGGAGUCUCUAGUUGGCGAGAUCAGUACCUUGCGUUUGUGUGCCAUUUCGCAGGAGCCUUUGGGUUUAGAGGCAGUGGAUCAGGCAGCUGAUCAGAGUUUGCUGCGACAGUGA